AUGAUAAUUACAAUCAUAAAUAAUGCAACUCCUGUUGAAUCACAGCUUUUACCACCAUCAGCACCAGCAAUUCCAACCAAUAGGUUUUCAUCUAUUGCACCAACACCAACAACACCAACCUCAUUUAUAAUCGAACCAAUCAUCCCAACCAUCGCUCCCGUUCCAAAAAGUCUCCCACCAUCAGGGUCAGGAUCCCUUUCUGUAAUAUCGGAAUCAAAUUCGUUAUUUACCACGAGUGAUUCUUUAGGAAAUACGGUGGUUACAAGUACUUUUAUCCCUCGUCAAACUGUAGUCGUUGUUGAUAAAGUUUAUAAACCAAGUGAUGAUGGUGCUAGUUUGUCUAUGGGAAAUGUUCUAGAUAAUAAAUUAUUUGGUGUUGCAAUCAGUUUAAUUGUUAGUUUUACUAAUUUGAUGAUGAAUUAA